UGAUUAUCACUUUGAUUUAUCCGCAGCUCACAAUAUUACGACUAUUACGGAAAAAUUCAAAUAUGUUUUUGCAUGCAUGACGCAUAUAUUACCGAAAUCGUUCCGUAAUUUUAACUGAAUUUAUUUCUCCUCCAAUUUUUUUAAUUUUUUUUUAAUUUUUUUUUUACUUUUGUCUUUCCUUAAAAUUUUUGUAUAAAAACUAGAUUUUCAAGAUGGCUUCUCUCAAUAUGGACAAAGCAGUUCGGGGGGCCACAAAGCCUAAACGGGCGGCUCCCAAAAAGAAAUACCUCGAUGUGUUGAUUCCAGCCACUUCUAGGGACGACACUUUAGGGACGAUGUUUAUGUCUCUCGAUUGUAGGCUAAAGGAGUCUUCAUGGACGGUUGUUUUCAAAAGUCUCCUGGUCGUUCACACUUUAAUAAGGAGUGGUAAAAGCGAUAGAGUUUUAAACCAUUUGGUAAGGUAUCCUGGCUUGUUAAAUGUUUCAGGCUUUAAAGAUAAAUCAAGUGUUCAUGGUGCGGAGCAAAUUAAAAAUAUACAUUCAUAUGCUAUUUAUCUUGAAGAGAAAGUAGCCGUAUAUCGCGAAUUGAAAGUCGACUUUGCAAAGGCUACAAAUGGAGAAAGUGGUGGACGAUUGAAAAAACUUACUGUCGCUAAAGGACUUUUAAGAGAAGUUAAUAUACUACAGCGUCAAUUGGAUACACUGUUGAAUUGCAAGUUUUAUUUGGACGAGAUUAAUAAUGAAAUUACAUUAAGUGCUUUCAGUCUUUUGGUUAAAGAUUUAUUAGCUGUGUUUAAAUCUUUAAAUGAAGGCGUCAUUAGUGUUCUAGAUCAAUAUAUCGAAAUGUCAAAAAUUGAUGCUAAAGAUGCUCUUCAAAUUUAUAAGAAAUUUGUUAAGCAGACUGAAAAAGUUGUAGAAUAUUUAGGAGCAGCAAAGAAAAUGCAAAAUCGUUUAAGCAUUGUUAUUCCCAAUUUAAAACACGCACCUACUUCCUUAACAGUAUCUCUAGAAGAUUAUGUCAACGAUCCAGAUUUUGAAACUAACAGGCAACAAUAUAAGCUUGCGAAAGAAGAACGAACCAAAGCACAAAAAGCACAAAAAACACCACCAGUUUCGAAAAAAUCGUUAGAAAAGAAGCCUUCUAGUCAACCGAAAAAUGAUUCAAUUGCAAGGUCUAACACUUCUUUACCUACUUCAAGUGAUAAGGAAGUUCCAACCAAAGAAAAUGAUUUUAUUGAUUUUUUUGCAAGCAUAGAACAAGAGCAAACUGUGAUAUUUAGCAAUCAGCAUUAUCAGAAUGCGGAUACAAAUAUUUUACGAACGGAUUCGUUGCGUUACAGUACUGCUACUAACCCUUUCUUAUCCAUGCAAAAUCAAGGAAUUCAAAGUCCAAUAAGUCCAACAAGUCCAAUAAGUCCAAUGCAACAAAAUUUAAAUCAACCUACAUCUAUAAUACAGGAUACCAAUCCAUUUCGCUCGUCAGUAUAUGUACAAGAUCCAGCUCCUGUAUCACAAGCUGUUGUACCUUACCAGAAUCCAUUUCUACAGUCAUUACCUUCUGCUACAAACACUUCAAAUCCAUUUGACUCAUUAUCUGGAACAAACUUCCAAUCUCAAUUAUCUCAAAAGACCAUACAAUCCUCCAUUUCUCCUACAACUUCAACAACUUUAGAUAGUAAUCCUUUUAGAAGGUUAACUAUGUCUCCAGAGUUUGCAUCACAACAGAAUCAUUUAGCAGGUUUUUCGCAAUCAAUGCAUUCUCAAGAUUCAUCCACUUCAAGUUUCCAAUCGACGAGUUCAACAUUUUCUCAAAACGUAUAUUUAGGAUAUUAAAUAAUUCGGGGUUAUUUAUACCACAUCUGUCGAAGUUUGUAUUUUGUUACUUAUUUUGUGCAAGACUUUGGGUGUAAAAUUUAAAAAUCAAAAUAUUUUAUUGUUGUAAUAUAAUAGAUGAAACAUUUGCGAGAGUUUUAGAAUAUCUUUAACGAAGCCAAUUAAUAUUUUUCUUCAUUAGUUAUAAUUAGACAAUCUAAAAGCGUAUUUUACAAAAACUAACAAUUAUUUUUAUAUAUUUGUUUAUUUGUGUUAAGAUUGAUCUAUUUUAUUAAUUUCAUUUUUUUUUAAAACAA